CAUGACUGUCACAGGCGCAGGGAACUGACCCAGUAUCAGGUCACAUGACCAGCUACUCUCAGGACGAAGUCUUCCUCACUGUACUGAGACUGACUGGCAUCAAGAUCUCCGUGGCAACCACCAGAAUACUGGCGGGGUCAGAGCUCUCCAUACACGCUGUUGGUCUGAGUGACGAAUUUCCCUUUGCCUUUGCCAGCUCCCUCCCCGGCCUCGUCUUCCAGUGGUCCUCCACCAACAUGGACGUCGUCUCCCUUGCCUCGGUCUACGAGAAGGCCGGCGUGUCUCUUCAGGAGGAGCAGGAUUUCGCAGCUCGCCUGCGCAGCCACAAUCCCGGUCAGGCCACUAUCAAACUGGUCGUGUCCUGCCCCACCGGGCUCUGCCAACCAGACAAACAGGUGUUCCAUGACGAGGUGAAGGUGGAAGUCAUAUCCCCCCUCACCCUCCUCCACCCCCGCUCCGGUCGACUCCUCAUACCUCACCAAGGACACGCCAAGAUCCUCACCAGUCGCGACGGCUUCUCGAAACUCUCGUACAAACUCUUCUGCGACGGAGCGGGAGGAGGUGGGGGAGGGGAGGGUGUGGUGUGGGUGGGGGAGGAGGGGGAGAUUGUCGCCAGUAGCGUCAACGGACACGCAGUGGUGAUCGUGACAGCGUCGGAGGAAGAUACGGGGUUAAACCAGUCGGCCAUUGUCCACGUGGAGGUUGGUACGGUCGUCGGCCUGUCCCUCUCCCCCCUCUCUCUCGCACAGGCCACACCCAACUCCAAACACCACGCCUUCCCACUCGGCUACAGCGCAGAGUUCCGUGUCACUCUACUCGACGGGUCGGGACGGGCAUUCGACUUUGCUGAUAUUCCAGUCGGUUACCGGUUAAACCGGUUUGACAUUGUCCGUGUUACCCCGGGAACCAACGGGACGUACAUUGUGAAGGCAGCUGCAAAGGGCCAGGUAAUACUCAGAGUCUCUCUAUCUCUCCAACCACGGAUCAGUGACUAUAUCCGAGUGCACGUUGGCUACGCCAUAAUACCUUCCCUGGCAGUGGUUCACGUCGGGGCAAAGGUCUGUUUCACCACCCACCUCACAGAGGAGAGCUCCGGGGAGUGGUCUACGGGAGAGGGCGGAGUCAUGCACCUGUCUCCCGGGACCGGAGUGGGUACCGCCCGUUCCCCCGGACGAGCCGUUAUCUACCACAAGAUCAAAGGAGUCAGCGACACCCACACCGAGAUCACAGUCAAAAGAGUAGCCGAGGUAGGUUAUUAGAGCCAACGAGAAGGAUCUUCCCCGUUUCACGAAUGCCCGACGUCAGAAAGAACUGGGGCCGUACAGCGUGUUGGUAUCGUUUCUACCACACUCAGAACCAGAAAGAUCAGGGAUACUUUACCUCUCUCCUCACCAGUCCACACUCUGCCUGCGCCAGCGAGACGGGGGCACCCGCCAGUGGAGGCUACAUUCAACAGGUCCCCGUUUCUCUGCCUCAUGGAGCUCCGGGAUGCCGAGAACUCUCUGGAGAGCGAGCGGUUUAUGACGGCCGAACCACGCUUCGAUCACAAGUACGGUACCAGCAGUUGCCUCCUGCUCCCCAGUGGAGACCAGCAGGCCCUGGAGUUCUCUCAACGAAGGAGAGUCUGUCGCUGAAUCUGAGAGUGAAGGCUUUUGACAGUGCCGGCACCUAUGAGGUAUACUCGCCCGCUCUCCAUGUCCCGCUCGUCCCGGCGUUUGCCGUGAGCAGAGACAAUAUCACGCUCACUUCAGCUGUUCCCAGUACCACUAUCACUGUCACUGGACUCCCUGACCAGCUACAGGCCAUACAGGUCUCCUCUCCACACCCUCUCUCCUUCACCAAGCACACCUCCUCCACCCACAGCUACACCUUCCUCCUCACCCUCACGGAACGUCACCCCUCACCCUUCUCCUCCCUCACCAUCACACUCACAUCCUCCCUCACACACCAGGUCACCACAGUCACCGUCUCCUACACCGAGGUCACCACGACAGCGGUUGCCACGGAGACAACCACGUGCAAAACACAGCCAGUCCCAACAACAGCACUGGAGGACCAUGAAACUCCGCCGAUCGAGACGGCCUAUAAUUUCAUAGGGAACAAUGUGGCGCUCACUCUAGUGGUAAUCGUGACAGCAUUCUGUGUGGUGGUUGGGAUGGUGGUGAUAUGUAAGGCCCUCAGAGACAGUUCUCCCAGGACCAACAGUGGGUUCACGGCCUACCUCCCUCGCUCUCCGGCUGCACCUCAGCAGCUGGCCUUCUCCCCCUCCCACUCCCCACACUCGCAGAGCUACACUUUGACCCCUGGACUCCAACGAACCCCUCCCCCCAUCCCCGGCAGCGGCGGGGGCACAGGGGGCCAAUCAGCGUUCAGACGAACGGGGGUCCCCAAAUACUCCCCCACUUCUCAGGGCCUCUAUAGCACCUGACACAAUUAAUGCUCUCUUACAUCACUAAAUCUCAGUCAACAUGGAGGAAAAGUGCGGUUCUAUAAUUUAGUAUUAUAUAUAUAAUAUACCAUAGGGAAAAUAAAAAAUUAAUGGCACUAUAGUCUAUAUUAUCUGUAAUAGAGAAUGCUUUUCGAGAUGCGGGG